ACUUCAAGUUAGUCGAGAAAGUUUUCAUCAAAAAAAUAAAGUUGUUAUGUAUUUGUUGAAUGUAGAAAGACGUAUUUUAAGCAAAAGAGUUCUAGUAACUAUUGUUGUUGUAUCAAUAAAUUUAAAUGCAUAAUGUCGACAAAAUCCUCUGUCGAUUUGCGAGCUGAACUUGCUGAAUUAGUGAAACGAAAAGCAGAAAUAGCUGAUACUCUUGCCAAUUUAGAACGUCAAAUCUAUGCGUUUGAAGGUAGUUAUUUGGAAGAUACACAACUAUAUGGUAAUAUAAUACGUGGUUGGGACAGAUAUUUAGCCAGCAAUAAAAAUGCUAACAGUAAAGCAGAUAAACGAAAUAGAAAAUUCAAAGAAGCUGAAAGGCUAUUCUCAAAAUCUUCUAUCACCUCUAUGGCUGCAGUUAGUGGACUUGUGGAAAACACCCAGGAAAAAAUUGACCGGUACAGUGAAUCGGAGUCGCAGAUCGGCAACAGCGGUAGCGAAGACAAUUGCAGCCUUGUCAAUUCUCACGGAACGACAGCCAAUAGCGGUAGCAGCAACGGUAAUAAGGAGUCGACGGGAAAAAAUCACUCUGUAAUUGGCCAGUACAGCCAGAACGGAUCUAUCGUCUCUUCCUCGGAAAUCGCCGGACAAUUUGCGAACGGGCAUGCGAGCAACGGCAGCCUCGAGCACGUCUCUUUAAAGGAGAACACGGGGAAAGAUUCGUCGAAAAAUAAAUCUGGGAAUAGCGCGAAAAAGAACAGCAACAAGAGAUCAAGAAAUAGGUAGAAUAGAUAGUGAGAAAUUGGUAUGACAAUGAAAUAGUUCGAAACGACUAUUCGAAAUUUCUUUUUUUUUUUUUUUCUUUUUCUUCUUCUUUUAAUUUCUAUAUCUCGAUUCUCGAUAUAAAACAUUUGAAUUUCUUCUAUAGGAAAGUGAAGAAUGCUAUAGUCUUUAUCAUUAGCGAUAAGAGUGUUAGCUGUAGGAUAAAAUUUUAAGUGAUAAAAAGGUCAUUUUGCCAUCCAAAUAGUAUUUCUAUUCUAUGUCUAAUUGACUCGAAAAAAACGAUAAAUAUAGUAUUGUACAAAUAUAAAUUUCAGGUCUAGGAAUAAGAUUGUUAGAAGAAUUAGUUGAAUAGUACAUAUAUUAGAUUUAAGGGACAAAAAUAUCGGAAUCUUUUCUAUUUUUUGUAAUUUUUUCUUUUUUCAACGCGUAAAAAACAUGUUACCAUUAGUUGAGAUUAGUCAAAUUUUAUAAUUGCUCUGUUUAUUAUUAUUAUUAUUAUAAAAGAUAAAGCUAUUUUUAGUUUCAAUUUAAAUAUAUAAUACAUAAUAGUUCACGUUUUUAAAAAGAUUUAUGUUAGAAGUAGUUAGCAUUCCAUUUAUUUUUAUUAUAUAAGAGAUUUUUUUUAUUUCAUAUUUAAUGUAUAUAGAAAGGUGCAGUGCAGAGGUUGUAGUUGUAGAAAGAUACAAUUAAUUAU